ACACUCACUCUCCUCUCUCUUCUUUGUAUUAUACACUGAACUUUUUCCUUUCUUCGUCUCCUUCUACUUCUCUAGGCCCAUCUCUUCUCAGAAACAGGGUACUCUGUUUCUGCUCUGCUUCUGGUCUUGUGUUAUAAGCGCUUAAUUUCCAAUUUGUCUCUUGAAACUACUUCGAUUCCAAAGUCUUCCGUUUAAUUCGUGACAUUUAAAUAUAUAUAUUUUCUAAUGGUGAGGUUUGUUGAAGACGGAAGAAAAAUGGCCAGUCAUGCAAAAUCCGGUCUCAAGGCAUUCACGGUCCCGGUUUCUAACCCCACAGCUGCUCAGAAGCCACCGGCAGCUCCGGGGAACAUUCUCUAUCCAAGAAAGCGAUUUUUGUCGCAAAAUAUUGAAAUCAAUGGAGUAACAAGAAUAAAUGCGUGGGUGGAUUCCAUGAGAGCUUCUUCUCCUACCCAUCUUAAAUCCACACCUUCUCUGGCAGAAGACCAGAGUUCUUGGAUGUUACACCAUCCAUCAGCCCUGCAAAUGUUUGAGCAGAUAAUUGAUGCCUCAAAGGGCAAACAAAUAGUCAUGUUUCUGGAUUACGACGGCACUCUUUCUCCUAUUGUAGACGAUCCAGACAGGGCAUUCAUGUCAGAUAAGAUGAGAGUAACUGUGGGAAAUCUGGCCGAGUGCUUUCCUACUGCGAUAGUGAGUGGCAGAUGCAGGGACAAGGUCUACAAAUUUGUAAGAUUAGCGGAGCUGUAUUAUGCUGGAAGCCAUGGCAUGGACAUUAAGGGACCAGAAAAAGGUUCCAAGCAUAAGAAAGCAAGUGAAUCUGUUCUGUGCCAACCAGCCAGUGAAUUUCUUCCAAUGAUUGAUGAGGUUUACAAACAGUUGGUUGAAAAGACCAAAUCAACUCCUGGAGCAAUGGUUGAAAACAACAAAUUCUGUCUCUCGGUACACUACCGCUGUGUUGAAGAAAAGAAAUGGAGUGAACUAGCACAGCAGGUUAAGUCAGUUGUAAAGGAGUAUCCAAAGCUUCGACUUACUCAAGGGAGGAAGGUACUUGAAAUCCGACCCACCAUCAAAUGGGACAAAGGGAAGGCCCUUGAAUUCCUGUUAGAAUCACUUGGAUUCGCUAAUUGCACGGAUGUCUUUCCUGUUUAUAUUGGUGAUGAUAGAACUGAUGAAGAUGCAUUUAAGAUAUUGAGAGACAGAGGACAAGGUUUUGGGAUACUUGUCUCUAAAUUUCCCAAGGACACUAAUGCAUCUUAUUCUUUACAAGAACCAGAUGAGGUUAUGGAUUUUUUACAGCGUCUGGUUGAUUGGAAAAAACUGUCGCAAGGCAAUCCAGAAUGCUAGCAAUAGAGGAUGGAAAUUGGAAAUAUUUUCUCUACCCUUUACUGGACACAUGUGAAAGUUGGGGCUAGACCAUGUAGUAUUUACCUUGUUCAGGAUGAGAAAAUGAACGACUAAAAAGUAAAUAAUUAACAGAUUUAUAAAUUAUGCCCCUUCGGCUUUAAAGCCCUUGUACAUCCUGUAACACAACCAGGAUACAAGAGUAAAAAGAAUCGUAGCUUGCAAAAUUUCCAAAAUGAAUAUGUUUUCUGUCU